GCCGCCCGAGAUGACGCCGGCGCCCUUUACAUGCACCAGCUCCCCAUCAUGUGCUUGGUGUUUCGUUCCUUUUUAUCUCGUCUACUCCUACUCCUACUCCUAUUGCCGCCCUCGCAUGCCAAACACCUCGCACGCCCGCUCAUCCUGAACCUGACGGCGUCAGUGGCCCCGAGCGCUGCAAUCGACUACACUACACAAUCGGCCCCAGCCAAUCGCCAUCGUCAUAGUCAUGGCCCACAGCUCCCGUCCCUCGCGCGACUACCCCCACGCCCACACCCACGGCCAUGGCCAUCGCUCCUCGCGCGACCGGGCAUACAGUACCGACAAGCCUCGUAGUCGACGGCCCUCAGAAGACCAUCGUGGCAGACGGCGCGAGUCGCUGCCGCAGUACAACCACAAUGGCCACAAAGUCUCAAAGGGUAUCCACCCCGAGGGCGAGAGUGGUAGGAGUGGCUUCCACCCCAUCAAGUUCCUCGUCAUCAGCGGCAAGAGCAGCAGUACCCCGUCCAUGCUUGUCAACUUGCUAUGGCCCAUUGUCCCCAUCGCCAUUGCCCUGCACUUUGUAAAGCCGGAAUGGCACCUUGCCGUCUUCAUCACAAACUACAUCGCCAUGCUGCCUGCUGCCAACAUGCUGGGCUUCGCCGGUCAGGAAUUCUCCCGCAAGAUGCCAAACAAAUCGUUUGCCGUUGUGCUCGAGACGACCUUUGGCUCCAUUGUCGAGAUCAUCCUCUUCAUGGUUUUGCUCCGAACCUCAAAGGGCGACUCCAAUGUUCAGGUCAUCAAGGCUGCCAUCCUGGGCUCCAUUCUCGCCAAUCUGUUGCUCUGCUUGGGUUCAUGCUUCAUUGCAGGUGGGCUCAAACACAACCAGCAGGAGUUCCACGAGGCCAUUUCUGAAAACGGUUCUGGCCUCAUGCUCGUUGCUGCCAUGGCUCUUGUCCUCCCUGCUGUCUUCUACUCUUACCUCAACCAAAAUCCCGACUACGAAAGUAAUGUCGACAUUGCAUACAAUACCCGCCUCAUCUCCCGUGGCGUAGCCAUCAUCUCCAUCGUCGGCUACCUUAUCUACAUUGUAUUCCAGACGGUUUCCCACGAUGGUCUGCUCCAUGAGAUCUACGAAGAAGACGACGCAAAGGACAAGGACCGCCACAAGGAGCUCAAGAAGCCCAAGCUCACCUUGAUCGAAGUCUUGGUAGCCCUUGUCAUCUCCUUGGCUUGUGUGUCACUCGUCGCCAUCGCCCUGGUUCAGGAAAUCCCAUACAUUGUAGAGCGCGGAGUCAGCGACGCUUUUGUCGGCCUGAUUCUGAUUCCACUUGUUGAGAAGAUUGCCGAGCAUCUCCUUGCCAUUGACGAAGCCUAUGACAAUCAGAUCAACAUGGCCCUCGCUCACGUUCUCGGCGCCUCGAUCCAAACGGCUUUGCUCAACGCCCCUCUAGUUGUCCUGGUUGGCUGGGGUCUUGGUGUUGGCAUGGACUACAACUUUUCCAUCUUCGAUGCCGUUGCACUAGUGCUUGCAGUACUCACUGUCGGUUCGUUCCUUCGUGACGGCAAGUCCAACUACCUCGAGGGUGUACUUUGCGUCAUGACCUACAUCAUCAUCGCUGUUUGCGCUUUUUACUUCCCAAAUCCAGCCGGUCAUGGUGCUUCAGCAGGCCAUGGUGCUGCAGGCGGGGCUGAAGGCGGUGCUGAAGGUGGCCACUAAGCCUUCAUUGUUGAGUGGUUUAAGCAUACAGACCGCCGCAACAUUUGCUUCGGUUUGGGAAUUACAUAGCCAUGGGGUUGCGGAGUUGAGUCCAGAAGGCCUAAGCCUACGUUGUUUAGAUUCUUGAAGUAAGCAUCUUUGGUGCUCUUCCCUUGCAACUAGCUUUUCUUUCCAUUUGUACACUCUACUUUGUUAUUUCAUACAGCGUACUUAGCGAGCGAAUUAUAUCAAUUAUUUCUUUGCGCAC